AUGGAAGCUAGAGAGCACAUCAAAGUCAUCAUCGGAAAUGGUGAAGCAACUUAUGUUUGGCAUGAUAAUUGGCACCCAAGAGGCCCUUCCAAGGAUAGAUAUGGGAGCCGUAUUGUGUAUGAUUCGUGGCUACAUUAUCUUGCUAAGAUGUGUGAGAUUUGGGAUGGGACAAGGUGGAGAUGGCCAACGACUAAUUCUUGGGCUUUGAUGGACAUGAAGGAUUCUAUCGACUUUGAUCCAAAGGAGGGCAAGGACGUGGUAGUUUGGAAGCCGAAUGCAUCCAAUAAGUUCUCUAUUAAAUCGGCUUGGGAGGUUACUCGUGUGCACCAACACCAAGUGGAGUGGCAACACCUUGUAUGGAUCCCAAAAGCUAUUCCACGACACUCCAUGAUCAUGUGGAUGGCAUGUAAGGAUCGUCUUCAGACCAGGGACAAACUGAUGAGGUAUGGAAUAGCUUCUGGCAAUGCGUGUUGUUUUUGUAAUCAUGGGCAAGAAACAAUCGAUCUUCUCUUUUUUGCUUGUCCUUUCACCCUAAGGAUUUGGAACCCAAUCCUUGAGCUCUCUUCUCUUGGGUAUGUCACCCGGCCUUGGAACGAUUAUGUUGAGCACAUAGCUAGUAGGUGGAGGAAGAAAAAGUUAAAGUACUCUUUAGGGAAGCUAAGUCUAUUUGGAGUAAGAUCCUUAUGCUUGCUAACCUUGGCUAUGUGGUCAGACCCUGGCAUGAUUACAUCCCCUAUUUGGCAAGGAAAUGGAAAGGUAAGAGCUUAA